AUGGCUGAGGCAGAGCCAGAAAUGAGAGGGGCGGGAGCCAGGCCCCCGGGCCACGUGCUGGGCUUUGGGGCGGCCGAGGGCCACCCUGCUCAGAUGGUCAUGUGUGCUCUGCAGACACAGAACCUGCAGCUGAGCAAGGACAUGACCCUCAGCAGCAACCGCAGCCUUGCCGAGGGGAACCUGCUGUACCAGCCGCAGCUGGACGCGCUCAAGGCCAGGCUCACCCAGAAGUACCAGCAGCUCCAGGCGCUCUUUGAAGCCUACCAGAUAAAGAAGACCAAACUAGACAGACAGUCGAGCAGUGCCUCCUUGGAGACCCUGCUGGCCCUGCUGCAGGCUGAAGGGGCCAAGAUCGAGGAGGACACGGAGAACAUGGCCGAGAGGUUCCUGGACGGGGAGCUGCCCCUGGACUCUUUCGUCGACGUGUACCAGAGUAAGCGGAAGCUGGCACACACGCGCAGGGUGAAGAUCGAGAAGCUGCAGGAGAUGCACCACCCGGUGCCAGGACCGGGCCAGGACGGGGCGCUGCCGCUCCAGGGCUGGCAGGCCCCCCUGGUCUCGCCCUCCACGUCCCCAAGCACAGUGGCCUGCCUUCGGGGAGUAGGGCCCCCAGUGGCCUCUCCCUCGCUGGCUGCUGUCCAGGCUGACAUCGUUUCCCGGUCAGGUGUCUGCUCAGGAGUGCCCCGUGCAGGGCUGCCAACCUCCACCCUCGGCCGCCUCGUCCUGCUCCUGGCCUUGGCUCUGCUGUGA